AUGCCUCUCACCGAAAGAACAGCUCAUGGAUAUUGUCCAGGAACAAAAAGUCCAAUGUACUUCAAGACAGUGGAUGGCUACUUGCUUGUUCUGGUUUCCCAGGAGGAGAGCCUGGUGCAAGAGGUACUCCCUUUCCCCAGCCAGGUGGUCUACAACAGAGUUGGAAAGUGUGGGAGUCGAACUGUGGUUUUGCUUUUGAGAAUUUUGUCAGAGAAACAUGGAUUCAAUCUGGUUACAUCUGACAUCCAUAACAAAACAAGACUGACGAAAAAUGAACAGAUGGAAUUGAUUAAAAACAUAAGCACUGCUGAGCAGCCCUAUUUAUUCACUAGACACGUUCAUUUCCUCAACUUCUCAAGGUUUGGAGGUGACCAGCCCGUGUACAUCAAUAUUAUUAGAGAUCCUGUCAAUCGAUUUUUAUCCAAUUAUUUUUUUCGACGUUUCGGAGACUGGAGAGGAGAACAGAAUCACAUGAUCCGUACCCCAAGCAUGAGGCAAGAAGAAAGAUAUCUGGACAUUAAUGUAUGUAUCCUUGAAAACUACCCUGAAUGUUCAAAUCCCAGGUUAUUUUACAUCAUACCAUAUUUCUGUGGACAGCAUCCAAGAUGCAGGGAGCCUGGUGAAUGGGCCCUUGAAAGAGCAAAGCUGAAUGUUAAUGAAAAUUUUCUGCUUGUGGGCAUUCUGGAGGAGCUGGAGGAUGUGCUGCUUUUAUUAGAAAGAUUUUUACCUCAUUAUUUCAAGGAUGUGCUUAGCAUCUACAAAAAUCCAGAACAUAGGAAACUUGGCAAUCUAACUGUGACAGUGAAAAAGACCGUCCCAUCUCCAGAAGCAGUACAGAUCCUCUACCAACGCAUGAGAUAUGAAUAUGAGUUUUAUUACUAUGUCAAGGAACAGUUCCACCUGCUGAAGCGCAAAUUUGGAUUGAAGUCUCAUAUCAGGAAACCACGUCCCAGACCGGAGUUCUUCAUUCCUUCACCCCUGGAAACAGAGGAACCGAUCGAUGAUGAGGAGCAAGAUGAUGAGAAGUGGCUAGAGGAUAUCUAUAAAAGGUGA